AUGCAGCUGCUGGUGGCUCUGCUGCUUCUCUGCGUCCCAGGCUCUUUGUCCCUGAGUGGCCCCAGCACCGUGACGGGCGCUGUGGGGGACUCCCUGAGUGUGGAGUGUUGCUACGAAGAGGAAUACAGGGCAUUUCACAAAUACUGGUGCAGACAGCCAUGCUUCCCGCUUUGGCAGCGGACUGUGCAGACCAGCGGGCCUGAGGUGGAGGUGAAGAGCGGCCGGGUGUCCAUCACAGACCAUCCGGAGGAUCUCACCUUCACAGUGACCUUGGAAAGCCUCACUGCAGACGAUGCAGGAAAAUACAGGUGUGGGGUUGCAACGAUUCUAAAGGAAGAAGGACUCCUCAGCUUCCUGCCUGAUCCUUUUUUCCAGGUUCAAGUGAUUGUCUCCCCAGGUGACAGGCAACUGGCUGGGAAGAGUCGUGGGCAGGACACCGUUCUUCACCCGCCACAGUUCUUCACUCCAGCCUCCAUCGCAGCCUCUAGUAGCAACAGCUCUGCGUGGACCUCCGGAUCACCCAGCCAGCAGCAGGGGCCCCUGCUGGGCAGCACCCACUUCCUGCUCCUGGUCUUCCUGAAGGUGCCUCUGCUCCUGGGCAUGCUCGGUGCUGUCCUCUGGGUCAACAGGCCUCAGCGGGCAGUUUGUGGGGAGACAGAACCAGUCUGA